AUGUCAGUGUGGGUGGGCAGUGGCUGCAACGGCGGCGGCGAGGUGCGAGCUACGCACGUCGCCACCGCCACUGUCCUGUCAACUAACACCUCCAUGGAGUCCGGAAUUGAAGCUGGAGUGUUGCCUACUGUUACGGGAUCCCUUGCUUCGGCCCGAGACUCUUUGGGAUCGUUGUCUCGCGCAGCGGAACAACUUUACGACACAGAUCACACGGAUCUUGGUUCGGAGCUUGAUGAAGCGGAAAUCAGGCGGGAGUUGAUGCAUGACAAAUGGCGGCUCCUUUUUGAUCGGUUCGAUCCGGAGGGUUUCGGCGAGAUCCCGUGGCCUGAUUUCCUACAAACACUUCAGAAUCCAGAUUUUAUAGCUCAGGUGCCGCCUCACAAGCAUGAGAUACUUCUGGACAAAGCGCGCAGUGCAACUACUGAAGCGAUUACAUUUCAGGAGUUUGUUAACGUGGUAAGUAUCUCCUGGCUUAAUUACCCGUCCAUUCAGUAUAGUUUUUUAUGA